AUGUCCAAUUACAACCAGUACGGCGACGCGCCAGGAAACAACCCCUACUCGAACCCCGCGGGCGCCAACUCGUACGAGAUGGACGCGGUGGGGUCCAACCCCUACGGCAUGGACUCCAAGACGUCCUUCAACCCCACCUCCACCAACGAACCCCCCGCAUAUGGCCGAACAAAUGCCCCCCAGGGCGACAUGAUGGACUUUUUCGAGGAGGUAGAUGAAAUCAAGAAGAGCAUUCUGCAAUACGACCAGAACAUUGACAGCAUCGAGUCGCUGCACAAGCGGUCGCUCAACGAAAUUAGCGAGGAGCAGGAAGCCUACACACGGGAGCAGAUUGAGUCGCUGGUUGACGAGACCUCCUCUCUGUCGCAGUCUCUCAAGGACCGGAUCAAGUCCCUGCAAUCGCGAUCCACCAGAGACUCUACCAAAAAGACACAGGCCGAGAACCUCAAGCGGCAAUUCAUGAACUCCAUCCAGCGGUACCAGACCGUCGAGGCCACGUUCCGACAGCGAUACCGAGAGCGGGCUGAGCGGCAAUACCGAAUUGUGCGCCCCGAGGCCACUGACGCCGAGGUGCGUUCCGCCAUUGACGACGCCCAGGGCGAGCAGAUUUUCUCCCAAGCAUUGAUGACGUCCAACCGACGAGGACAGGCUCAGACGGCCCUUUCCGAGGUUCAGAACCGACACAAGGAGAUCCAGAAGAUCGAGCAGACCAUGUCGGAGCUGGCCCAGCUGUUCCACGACAUGGAGUUGCUUGUGGCCGAGCAGGAGGCCCCUGUGCAGCACAUUGACAACCAGACCCAGGGCGUGCAGACAGAUAUCGAGCAGGGUCUCGGGCACACCAACAAGGCCGUCAUCAAGGCCCGAGCCUACCGAAAGAAGAAGUGGUGGUGUCUGCUCAUUUGUUUCAUCAUUGUGGCUCUCGCCGUUGGUCUGGGUGUCGGUAUCCCUGUAGCCAACGCUGCCAACAAGAACUAG